UGAGCAAUCCGUUUACAAACCAGCCAAACGAUCGGAAAGACUCCAGCGAAUUUGUGGAAAGCACAGAGCAGUCAGUGGGCACUGGGUUGAAAUUCACGGCGAUAUCUCGUUCGAGAGCGUCUGACUGGAUAUCCUUGACAAAAGAACUUGAAGAUCAACGAUUACCUAGUCCAGAUAACCCUGAAUUGGGAUUUACUGAGCUGUUAAUAAUGGAGAUGAAUCCAACAGAAGAAGAAAAUGAAAAUCUGAAUGAAGAGAGGAACAGGGAAUCACAAAAAUGCUCUGCGUGGUGUCAGAAGGUACACACCACGGUGUCUAAUUGGAUGCUCCCUGAAGACAUGAGAAGUCGCUAUUUGGAAAGGGCAAAUUGCUUGCCUCCACCGAUCUUCAUUAUCUCUAUAAGUUUGGCUGAGCUGGCUGUUUUUAUUUACUAUGCAGUCUGGAAGCCUCAGAAACAAUGGAUUACCUUGGACACAGGGGUGUUGGAAAGUCCAUUCAUUUACAGGCCAGACAGGAGACAAGAAGCAUGGAGAUUUAUCUCGUACAUGCUAGUGCAUGCUGGUGUCCAGCACAUUAUAGGGAACCUGGUUAUGCAACUUAUUUUGGGAAUUCCAUUAGAGUUGGUUCACAAAGGUCAUCGGGUUGGGCUGGUCUAUCUUGCAGGAGUAAUUGGAGGCUCAUUGGCUAGCUCAAUAUUUGAUCCAAUGCUUUGCCUAGUUGGAGCUUCAGGUGGAGGAUAUGCUCUAAUGGGAGGCUACUUUAUGAAUGUCUUAGUGAACUUUCGACAAAUGGUGCCACUAUUCGGUGUUUUCAGAUUAGCUUUUAUUUUGAUCAUAGUCGGUACUGAUGUGGGGUUUGCCCUAUAUAGAAGGUUCCUUGUUGGAGGAGAUGGUUUGCGUGUAUCAUUUGUGGCUCACAUUGCAGGUGGUCUAGCUGGAAUGACCAUCGGUUAUGUGGUUUUCAGCUGUUAUAAUCAGAAACUCUUAAAGGAUGUCAGAUUUUGGGUUUCAAUUUUAGCAUAUGUUUCAUGUGUGGUAUUUGCUAUCAUAUUCAACAUCUUCCUGUCUCCUGCUGCUUAAACAAUAGAGCCGGAAUGCUUUUUAAAAUGUACAGUAACGCAGACAAAUUAUUCAUCAAACACUCAUGACAAGAAACAAUUUGCAGCUCCUGAAGGGCAGUGGAACAAACAUUUCCACAAACAUUGCAUAAUGUCGAGAUUUCCUUUGCACCCUUUGACACUGGCAGCGUUUGUAAUGUUGACUUUAAUGAAUCAUCAUCUCUUACCAACUUGUGCUUUGUCUUGAAUUUAAAAAAGAAUAUACAAUAUAGAGAAUUGAUAAGUUACAUGGUGCAAUGUUACAAAUGUGACCUUCCUACAACUUGUCCUUUUUGUUGUGUUGAAGUGUUUAAAAUGUUAUUGAUCCCAUGCUGAAAUUACAAUUUCUAAUGUUAUACAGAUUCACACUUUUGAAUGGAUGAGCAGCAGACUGAAUAAUACACCCAGGUCUGAUUCUCAUGCCCACUUUAGGUAUACAGAGGCGAAAGAGAAUUCAGCACUGCAAACGCCACCUUUCAAAAUGGCCCCCUACAAUUCUGAUGGGGAUGGAUUUGGAGUUGUGCUGAGUGACCCAGGAGAGCCUAAGAGGCUCUGUCACCUUGUGCCCAUCUCCUCAUCCUCAUGGCUCCUCAUACACCUCCUACCAUGUCAUGCCUAUCCAUCUCACAAAGCUCCCCACACAUCCUGUAGAACUCUUAAUGUUCAUUUACAUAUUCCCCUUUUGACACUAUAUUGCCCCCAAGCCACCCUAUGCUCCUCUACCCAUCUCCCACAGUCUCUUAAACUCCAUUUGCCCCCAUGCCUCCAAUCAUUCCAAUGGCUAUUAAAUCCCCUCUUUCAACUUACGCCAAUUCAUAGCUCUCAACAUCACCUUUUAUACUUCCUUGUCUGAAAAAGUUAAACUAAAUGAUCUUGUACAGUAAUAUCAAUGGCAUGCAUUUGUGAGAUGUGAGCUGCUAGCUGUGGAUAAAAAUACAUGGACACAAAACUGCAGGUUGUCAGUUCCCAAGAAGGGACACCACAGCUUCAGGCCUCGGAGACUUUAAACAAUAAAUGGGAAGACAGGUGGGAGCAACAUACCAGCUGCUGUAGGAGCUAACCUGUCUGCAAGAUGACAAAGGAAAGUUAAUGCUCACAACUCCACAAAGGGGUUGUUAUUCAUUGAAGCUCUAUGCCUUGAGAGAAGUUGUGAAGACAACAGGGACAUCAGACAGGGAGGAUGAUUGAUAUUCAAAAACCAUCAAGUUAGGAACAAAUUGUAGCCUGUAGUACAAUUUGACCUGAUGGUGCGUACAUGUCUUCACACUAAUUGUAUAUUACAAUUAGAUAGGCAUACCUAAAUAGUGAUUGGUCAGUUGUACUCAUAUGCUAUGCAUGAUAUAAACUGAAUUGAGAUAAUUCUACACCUCUUAAUUGCUAAAUGUUAAAUUCUCAUAACUGAAUUUAAAAAUAUAACUGACUCUAAUCCUAUAUUCUGGGUCUCCAUUGUGUUAGGUUUAGAUACUGUGGAGUAUAGCAAGCAAUAAAGGCUGUUUUAAACACAUCGAAGAUCUCAAUUUGGUCAGUCUCUGCGGAUGAGGGUCAGAGGAUAGCAGGGCGACUAUUAAUUCCUGGAAAUACCCACAACAUUCCCCAUGGCAAAAAUAAGUACUGCAGAUGCUGCAAACCAGAGUAUAGAUUAGAGUGGUGCUGGAAAAGCGCAGCAGGUCAAGCAGCAU